UAGUUUAGUAACCUUGGUUCAAACGAGUUAGAAGCACGUUCGCGUUGUGUUUUCGCGCUUGCCGUGGCGGCGGGAGGUGACGUGGUGGUUGACACUACUACCCCCAAGAUUGCGGCGUAAUAUCCCGGGCUCAUUUUAUCCUUACUUAGUCGUCGUUCCGACGGGUGUGCCGUGCGCGUUUGUGUCGAGUUUGUUACAAGCUUACCGCGACUACGGCGUCACGUAUUACUUCCGCGACAGCGGAACGUGAGGAUUCUCGCUUCGCUUGGCGUGAGAUUUUUGGAGUUGCUGCGCGACAUCGCCGUUCCUACCUGCCACGCCCCGCCGGAGGUGUUAUUUUCUCCCUGCGUUGAGCGUUUGGUUGCUCAACCGAGAGGAUUCCUGACAUGGCACGCUACGGCAGCUUCUGCGGGCUUCCGGCUUUGGCGGUGACGGUGAUCGUCAUCGGCUGUCUUGUCAGUCCAGGAGGCGCAGCAAGCCCAGGAGGCGCAGGAGGCGCCGGAAGCGCAGGGGCCCCAGGAAACCCAGGAGGCGCAGGAUCCGACGGAGGCCGCGGAGGUGCCGGGGGCCCAGGAAGCCCAGGAGGCGCAGGAGGUGCCGGUGCCCCAGGACUCGGCGGGAGCGCAGGAGGUGCCGGGGGCGCAGGCGGCGCCGGGGGCGCAAGCGGCACCGGAUUCAAAGGAGGCCCAGGAGGCGCAGGAGGCGCCGGGGCGCCAGGAAGCGGCGGAGCGCCAGGAGGCGACGGAGGUUCAGGAGGCGAUGGAGGCCAAGGAGGCGCCGGAAGCACGGGAGGCAUCCCAGGCCCUGGAGGUGCCGGAGGUCCCGGAAACCCCCCCGGACGCCGAGGACAACCCGGACGCCCAGGAGGCCCCGGGAGGCGAUGAAACCUUUAGCUGCGACACCAAAUGCGUAUCUUGCGACCGUGUGCAAGGGUAACUGGCGACUCAAUCGCUCACGCGAAAGGAGGAAAGCAGGGAGGCAGUGCUGGAGGGACGGGGUGCAGCUUCUACUCUGCCGCAACUGCGUACGUGUACUUUGCUGGGAAGGGGGCAGUCACGCCCACGGUAUCUUGAAAGUGAUAUCCACACGGUUCUUAACUUUGUAUGCACUGUGCUUUCGUCGCUCCGUUUUCGUUGAAACGAUAUACCGCAUGAACCUUCGCUCGCUGCCGCCGCGCUUGCUCAAGCCAGCGUUCUGACAGUGGUCUGGGGCUAUCCAGUGUGAUGUAUUCAUGUUCGCUUGUGCGCCCUGACACCAUGCUUGUUCAUUUAGUUAGUAAGCGAAUGUGUCCAAGUUUAUGCAGCCGAUAUUAGUACUAUCAUUAUGCCGCAUAGCUCUCCACUAAUUUGCUAUCGUAAUUUCUGCUUCGCCUUUCUGCCGAAACUGCAAUUUUUUCAUGCAUCCGAUGGUUUUGUGUUACUUUAGCGGUUUUCUUAUUUUUGUCUUUUUCUGGAAGCAACAAAAUGUCACCCUUCGCGUAACUUUCGCGGUUUUCUUCUUUUCGUGAUGAACGCAAUGGAAAGUCACCCCUCGCAUUACAAUCGAGUAAAUACGGUAUGUACUUCCCUGUGUACUCCCGGCCAAAAUAUUGUUUUGGUUAGUGGCCCUAUUACCUGCCUUCCAUUUCUGUGUCCAUUAACAUGACCCUGCUCCAUUAGGACUCUUGUAUGUUGUAUCAGCAGCAUCAAUUGCAUCAUGUGUUUCCCCUCACUCCAAAGUUUUCUACAUACCAGGCCCCUUUUCAGCUCACAUGUUACACCUUCUCUGACCCCUUCUAGAAUAGGCCUACCACCGAUCUUCCGCAUCACGUACCUGAGUGUUCUAUUCUCUCUCUGCUGCCUUCCCAGCUCUUCCACGGAUACAUCAAGUUUUCUUACUAUAUGCGAGUUCACAUCUCGUUCUUUAUCGACCUUGCUGUCGUCACAAUUCCUACAUCUCUUUCACCAGAUAGUUUCACUGAGCGAAUAUCUGUCCUCGACUGCUCUCGGUCCUGGUACAUUUCCUAAGAUCAGGUCAUACAGCGGUUCUUCUACGCACCUGGCUGUGACAAUUCCUGUAUAGUAUGGUGUGAAUAUAUCGAUCUUAGCCUCCGGGAGGUAUCUCACCGAGCUGUCCACGAACAUAACUGGUUUCACCUGCCUCCUCAUGCUUUUUGGAGGUACCAAACUUAUCCUUACUAGCACACUGUCCGCACCAGUGUCUCUUCAUAGAGUAGCCUUCUUUCCUUCUUUACAUUCUGCCAGUGGCAUAUCUCGGUCUUUACUAUCGACAAUGGCUACACUUACGUGUAGCCACCUUUCCUUUUGUUCAGACCUGCGAGCGUCGUGAGUUUCGCUAGGGGCUAUAAUCGUUGACACUUCUCGUGGUCUGCGUUCGCAAUCCUCAGUUUUGUGUCCGCUCUUGUUACACCAUUCACAAUAUUUCCGUUCACGUCAGUCAUCACGUCCCGCACCACAAUGAAUUGCCUGACGACCGGACGGUCACAGAGGAAACAUCUCUGCUGUCCCCUGCGACCAUCCAUUUGGGGUUUCUCUCUCAGCUCAUCUUCCACUGAAAUGGGAGCAUCUCUAACCCUCUUUCUUAAAUUUCUCAAUACCUGCGCCUAUACAAACUGGUCUGUUCGCUGUGGUAUCUCCUCCACUGUCUGUAGUUUUCUCUCUUUCAGAAAUAUGGCCAAACCAUUGCUACAUCUUGCCAGGAAUUGCUCACCCACAACUGUGUCUAGAACUCCGUUAUAUGUUUUUUUCCGUUUCUGACAGCUCUAUCCCCCUCUCAAAAUGGUUUGUCAGACGGCACACGAACUGCUUUCCCAUUUCAGAAUCUUCUGGCUUGCACAGGCUGAACUUUUCCGAAAACGUUCAGGGGUCAACUUGAUCUUUGCAAUAAAAUUGUUUUUUUACUU